GAAAGUAAAUCAUUAGGGAAAAAAAAAAUUUGAUAAAUAAAUAAUUAAUUAAAGAUUCUUUAUUUGAGCUUUAAACCAAUCAAUCCUAAUUAAUUGCAAUGAUAAAAAAGAUUAUGCCAAAUAAUCAAAAUAAAAAAAAAUAUAAUGGUUUAGAUUUUGAAAAUUUUUAGUGUAAACUGUUCAAGAAAAUUGAUUUAAAUGAAAAAGUUCAAGAAGAAAAGUAGGUUUAAUGCCCUAUUAUAGGAAGUGCAUGGAGUGGAAUAAAUUAGAGACUAGAUAGUAUUCCUUUAUUCUACUAUGGAACAUAGAAUGGAAUCAUAGUUAGAUUGAGUAUGGAAAAAUUAGCUUAAAAUAUAGAAAUAGAAAGCAAUUAAUAGAGCAAGGAAGGUUAAUAAUCUUAAAAUUAAACAAAAAAAGAUGGUCUAUAAGUCAUAAAAUAACUCAGGCAUGUAAUAAGCAGACAAUAAUAGAUAAAGGAUAAUAAUUUAUUUAGUUAGUAGGAUAACUAAAUAUGCGAAUAAGAUCACAUUUUGCAUAUCAAAGCUUUUUAAAUUUAUGGCGAUAAGUAACCUUGCUAUCAGGUUGGCUAGGUGAAUAAUUGUGUUAUUUUGAGCGGAAGAGAAUAAUAUAACUUUGAACUGAAAAUUUUCGAUGAAAAUUUAAAUCUACUUUAAACUUUAUAAAAUUAAGUUUCUACACAACAUUUUACUCGUUCUUUUAAUAAUAUUUUGAUAUUCAGAAAUACAAUGUCAUUCGAAUAAUCUUCUCAAAUUCUUUUCAGUAAAAUUAUUGACCAAAAGCUUAAACUUUAUAAAAAACAAAUAACAUUUGAGGACAAAACCAUCUUUCCUACAACAAUACUUGCAGAUGGUGAUUUUUUGUUUGUGGGGCUUUACCAAAAAAAGGUUUAUGUUUACAGUAUUAAAAAAAGAAAGUUAAUAAAACUGAUAAAUCCUAAAAUAGACACAUAUGCUAAAAAAAUAGCAUACAACAAUAGUUUGAAAAUUGUAGUAGUUAUAUCAUUAGAAGAUUAAAUCUCCUUCAUCAAUCUAAUGAGUGGUGAAGUGAUCAUUUAGUACAAAUUAAAAGAAAUAUUUUAGAUGUAAAAUAUUCAAUUUUCUGACAAAUUUGAAAUAUUCCUCUUCUGUUUUGUAAAUGAUGAUGUUGUUUUAAUUGGAGGAUCCUUUAAUUGUUUAUUUUUUUUCGACUGGAAGGCAGGUAAAGUUUUAAAAAAGUAUGUAGAUUAUGCUAACUUUGUGGGAGCUAUUUUCUAUAAUAAUUUUAUAUAUCUAACUCAUGAAAAGAGUAGUUUUAUUUCAAUUAUUCAAUGAUUUAUUAUAUAUAAACAAUUGUAAGCAAAAAUAAUUAAAUAAAUUUAAUCAAUAACAAUCUUAUAUUAAUCUAAUUUAAUAAAAUAUAUACGAAUUGAAAAAAUAAGUUAAAAU